AUGGAUCUUGCAAGUCCAUAUACGACCCGGCCCAUGAUCUCUUCAUUUUCAGAUUUUCUCACUCGGUCACCCACAGAUUAUGAGUGCAUAUGCGUCGGAUUCCGGAUACAACUUCCUAUUUCGUACUCGUCUGUGGUCGAUCAGCAAUUGAAUACCUCUCUUUCUCUCAAAAUCGCAAACAAUCAGAAAUUCAGAAGGCCAAAUUUUGAUCUGUAG